AUGGAUGCCUUCAGUUUUGAUUUUUGUGUUCAGAGUACCGAGGACUCUUGGUUAACAUCCCUGACGAACAAGUUCAAGAACGAACGCCGUAAAAUGCUUGACAACGAAAGAGUCCUAGCAAACAAGGCAAAGUAUGGUCGACCGGGAAAAAGGAAGAGACCGGAAGAUGGCACCAACAGUGCUGAGGAAGAGCUGAAAAGGAGGAAGUUGCACAAAGAAACGAGUGUUCUCAUGGUGGAGGGUGAGGAUGCCAAGAGUAUUGCAGACCACGAGGAGUGGCUUGUAAAGGAAGACAAGAAAGCAGCCCCUGAUGAGGACCAAAUAGAUGUUGAGUUUCCUCUUUGGACUUUUCCAGAUCUCCUUGCUAUCCACGCCCUUCAAAUCCUGGGUUCAUGUGUAAAGGACUUCGAAGUAAUAAAGAACAUGUUCAUGCAAUAUGAUACACCAAUCCCAGCAACUCCUUGCAUCAUGUUCACUGGCAGCAGCAUCGAACAAGCAGAACAUAUGCACCUCUAUGUCGACAAGCAGCGCCUCUUUCGAACAAUCGAUCUUGAAGAGGGCUUGGCUGCCAUUGUUGCAGCCUAUUGGUUGUUUCAAAUUGUAUACAGUUCCAAGACGUACAAUACUCUUUGCACCCUGGAACAGCUUUGUAUCAAAGUGAGUGACUCUCGUCCACGAAGCCCUGUGAUAAAGUUUUUUAACAACUACGGAAACGAGUUUGCUAAGACUUCCAAGACCUAA